UGCUCUCAGGUGAACUACAAUCACAAAACAAGAGCUGGUUUUGUAUUAUUUCCUCACAGCAUUAUUUACAACUACAGACCUUAGAUCAUGUUAUCAUCAGUGUGCGCGAGGCUGCAGACGGUUUAAUUCGACUGGUUUGCGCAUGCGUGAAAGAAGGGCGCAAUAAAACCAAAUUAAAAACUGGCACACAAACAUAUGCAUGCUAAUAGUGCUGUCAGUGCUGGAGCUGCUGUCUGAGCAUUAGUGAGCUGGAAGUAGACACAACUCAACAUCGCGGACUGAAAACAUGUCGACACCGGGCAGCGGCGUUGAGCAGGGGCGAGCCAACAAUGGGGGGAAGCGGUUCAUCAGCGGGGUAGUGGAAGGUUUUUAUGGGCGGCCAUGGACUAUGGAGCAGAGGACAGAGCUGUUUAAAAGAGAACAGAAGUGGGGUUUGAACACGUACCUGUACGCCCCCAAGGAUGACUACAAACACCGGAUGUACUGGAGGGACCUGUACUCUGCAGAGGAGGCAGAACAACUCAUCGCCCUGAUAUCAGCGGCUAAACAGCACGACGUGGAGUUCAUCUACGCCAUCUCUCCCGGCCUGGACAUUACUUUCUCCAACCCCAAAGAGGUUGCCGCCCUGACAAGGAAACUGGAUCAGGUGAGGCAAUUUGGCUGCAGGUCCUUCUCUUUACUAUUCGAUGACAUCGAGACUGAGAUGUGUGCGGCUGACAAGAAGGCCUUCAGCUCGUUCGCCCACGCUCAGGUGGCCAUCACUAAUGCAGUGUACCAGCACCUGGGGGACCCAGAGACCUUCCUCUUCUGUCCCACAGAUUAUUGUGCUGCGUUCUGUACUCCCAAUGUGCUGCAGUCCUCUUACCUGCACACUGUGGGGGAGACGCUGCUUCCUGGGAUAGACAUACUGUGGACUGGUCCCAAAGUGGUAUCCCACAAAAUCUCUGUUGAGUCCAUAGAAGAGGUGUCCUCCGUCCUGAGGAGGCCGCCAGUCAUCUGGGACAAUAUCCACGCAAACGACUAUGACCCCCAAAGGAUUUUCCUCGGACCCUUCAAGGAUCGUCCCACUGAGCUGAUCGGCAAACUGAGAGGAGUCCUCACCAAUCCCAACUGCGAGUUCUACCCUAACUUUGUGGCCAUCCACACAUUAGCUACGUGGUGCAAAGCAACCGCUGAUGGAGGACAAAGGGAUGUGGAAAUGGACGAUGAGGAGCAGGACCCCUGCUACAGCCCCCAGAAAGCCCUGACGCUGGCCCUCACCGAUUGGCUGCAGGACUUCCUGAGCACCGACCUACCUGGAGGCCCCUGUCGUACCCCAGCUCGUCUGAAGAAGGAGGUGUCAGAUGAGGAGCCCAUGCAGACAGAUAUGGGAGAUGGCUCCUAUAUUCCCGGACCUGGGGAGAACCCUCUGUACACGGCCGAGCCCCUGACCCUGGACGACCUGAAGCUGCUGUCGGAGCUCUUCUACCUGCCGUACGAACACGGCCCCACAGCCCGGACCAUGCUGCAGGAACUGGACUGGCUCAAGAACCACAGCUGGGCCGCCGCGGCCGAGACGGACGAGACUGCUGAAUGGCGCUCCAGAGCACAGCAGUUUGAUGGCAUGUGCAAAGCGGUGGUGCAGAUGUUCAACCGUCUGUCCAACGCCCCAAACCGCAGCAUUCUGUACGACCUCUACAACUACAUCUGUGACAUCAAGAGCGGGGUGGGCCUGGCUCAAACCUAUGUGAAAACACUUGGAGGGCAGGCUUGCCCCGCUGCCCAGGUACUGAACACUGAUCCUGAACCCUGGGGGUUUAGAGGAGGCCUCUCUGGAGAGUUCCAGAGAAUGCUGCCCUGCCAUGGAAACAGGGACCUGUUCAGACAUCCUCUCAUGGCGUCAGUUUACAGCAUACGGAUGUACUGCCCUGAGGACAAGAUGGAGGUACAGAGGAUUUCCAGAGAGAUGCAGAGCGCGGGAGAGGACAAAGUCCCCCUGAUGAUGCAGCCUCCCCUCAUUUGUGACGGCCUCUCAGCGGGAGAGAUCCCCCCCUCCCCUCAGUGUGCUCUGGUCCUGGAGGAUGAGAUCGGGGUGUGUGGUUACGCUCUCGCACUCACCGACGCCAAACCAGCUGCUGCUAUGAUUCAGAGGGCAGUAAGUGACUCAGUGCUCCAGGACUUCCCCUCCCUGAUCACCAUACAAGUGCUGCCGCGGGUCGCUGAUCCCUCGCCAGCCAAGCGCAUGAUUGGUCGGUUGUUGUCCUCCAUCAGGAGCAGUGGUUCCAGAGGCGUGUUCUGUGAGUUGAGGCACAGCGAUCGGAGGAUGCUCGACUUUUACACUAAACUGGGCUUCUUCAAACCCAUCGCCAUGGCCGGGCUUCCUCAGGACAUCAUCGCCAUGGGAACAAGCCUGUGAACAAUCCUUGCGAACAUCAUCGCAAGGAUUUUCCUCAGGUUUGAAUGACUUUUGAAUAUUUGCUGACUUUGCAGCAUGUCAAACGGUGAUCCGUCAUCAUUUCCUAUAGGUAUACAUCAUUAUUUGUGUAGCCUUCUCCAAAUCCUCCUGCAAACUGUAUCCUUAGUACUGCAUACAAAUGAAAAGUGUAACACUGAUGUACUACUGAUUUUCUAGAACUUUAUGAAAUGUAUAGAUUAUUUUUCAAGAUGAAUUAAUUGUUUUAACCCAGCACAAUAAAUGUUAAUACAUUUAUGCAA